AUGUUGGUACAUUGUUGUUGUUUUGUAGUUAAUUCAGUACGAGGAUACACCACUACCCUCCUGCCGCGUCUCGCCGACUGGGUCAACUCACUUCGCCGCUUGGAUAGGAAACUUACUCCGCCACCUUUACGCAUCCCCGUCAACACAUAUCCGCGUUCACAGAGUGCAACUUCUGUGAGGUUCUGGUCAGUUUUCUGCAUGCAGGGAAUGACGACUCAUUUCAAGACAAGCAAAGCUUUAAGGGUCAAGAAGGAGACGGGCGAGAAUGCCCCGGCGCUUAGUGACGAUGAGUUGGUGGCCAUGUCAGUGCGGGAGCUAAACCAGCACCUGCGUGGACUGACGAAGGAAGAUGUCGUCCGGCUGAAGCAGCGGCGACGGACCCUGAAGAACCGAGGCUAUGCAGCCAGCUGUCGCAUCAAGCGUGUCACCCAGAAGGAAGAGCUGGAGAGACAAAAGACAGAGCUGCAGCAGGAGGUGGACAAGCUGGCCAGAGAGAAUGCCAGCAUGAGGCUGGAGCUGGAUGCGCUGCGAGCUAAGUACGAGGCCUUACAGUGUUUCGCCAGGACUGUAACCAGGGGGCCAAUCUCACCCGGCAAAGUGGCCACCACCAGCGUCAUCACCAUUGUCAAGUCCGCUAACCACAACACCAGCCCUACUCCAUUCUCAGCUCCCUCCUAGUGCUGACAAGACUGGGCUUUCCCUUCUUUUGCCUGGUCUUUGCUGGCUCUGAUGCAUCCUGAACCCAGUCAUCCUCUACUGAGAGGAUCCUCAGUAGUUUGUUAGAUUGAAGGAUUGGGUGCCAAGCUCUGUCACGUAAUGCUGCAUUCACAGUUCUGUCUCCGUUCGCCUGCCUCUUACACAAUCUAUACUGUCUGCACACUGUUCACAACUCCAUCCCAACCCCCAGCACCGGCAGGGUAUUGGGCCUCUGUGACCCUACCUCUGUGACUGAUGGUAGAGGUUUAUUACAAUCUGUCUUACCGGUGUAAUACUUGAUGCUGCGGAACAUAAAAUACGAAUGAUUUGACUUCAUGGGAGUAUAGUUAUUUGAUAUUUGUGUAAAUUUUCAUAAACAUUGUCAAUUUUGAAGCUGUUGCCUUAAAGAUCUAUAAAUAAUCAACUAACAUGCUGUUCAGCACAAUAAGGUGUUAAAUUUCCCAGGAUUAAAAUCUAGAAGUUUCUCAAUAGUUUACAGUGAUAAAAGACGUGGAUGAAAUUGAAGUUUUCUCAGAUUUUCAUUUGUUCUUGAGCUUGUUUAGCUUAUGCUAAUCUAUAAUAGAAGCUGUUAAGGGGAAAACUGACAAACAUAUAUUUGUGUUUCAUGUUAGGAAAACCCUGGUGCCGGUAACAGUAAUUGGAAAGCAUUGCCAAAUCUAGAGGAUAUCUCCUCCAUGUUUGCUUCAAUUAUGAAACAUACCUAAAGGUCCUAAUUUGUUAAUCAUUUUAGAUUAUUUUGUCAAAAAGGUUAAAAGAUAUUAAAGGCAUUGUAAAGUUUGUUUGGGAAGUGUUGGAUGUAAUUCUGAUGGCUAUUUUAUGGGCCCCUGUCUUUUUUUUGGUAACAUUAACAGGUUUUAAGCCUUUUUGCAACUCUUCUUACAACUUUUUACAUUUGAAUGUGCUUGGAAAGCAGAUUGAGCAAAAUUUUCUUGAAAUAAUAGAACUUACUUUAUUAUAGCACUUAUGACUGUAACAAUACAGUAUAAAGUAAAUUACAAGAAGCAACAAUGUACCAAAAAUUAUUCUUCUAUGUACUGGGGCUUAAAUGUGUGAUGACGAUGUGAUGGGAAUAUUUAGUGAAAGUCUAAAUUUAGGAAGGAUGGUAUACUUUGCUGCACUUGCAAUGUUUGGUGGGUAAUCCAUAUUGGAUAUAGUGAUAAUGAAAGUAGUCCUUACAAAAAUCAACUUUCUUCCUGUAUAUUACAGAUUAAAGGUGACAAAUCCUCUGCUUGUAAUGUUGUCACUUAAAUAAACUCCGUCCAGACAUAAAAAAAAAAAAAAUCAUUCCUACCGCUGGGUCACAAGAAGUGCUGCUGCCGCCGGUGUUGGUAUUUUGUUAAUUUUUUUUUUCUUUUUUACAACCAGUAGCUAUUUACUUUGCAUUUGACACACUCUUCUACAAGAGAAACUCCUGACGCCCGUCUUGACAAAAAACGUAUAUUAAAUGCAGUAAAUGCCUUUCUCUCUAUGAACAUCUUGCAUUAUUUAAAUAUAAAUAUGACUUGAAAACAAGCUGUUCCUACAGAGGAUCCAUUCCUAAAUUGGAGUCAAUGCAAUAGAGACUGCUCAUGUCAGGAUUUUUUCUUGCCUAAGAAGACAUGACUGUUCUUCCCCUGUUCAAAAGUUGCAAAGAACAGAAUGGGGAACUAUGCUGCUGUACAACCUGCUGUGAUUUUAUUUUGUUUAAGCAGGGGCAUUGCUGUGUUCUUACUCCUUGAAUUUUCACCCAGUUCUUUUAUGUCCUUUGUUCUUUUUCUGAUAUCAGUUUUAUACAAUACACAUACAAAAUAUAUAAAUAUAUAUAUAUGUAUAUAUAUUAUCUAUUUUUCUUUCAUUACACUUGGAGUGUGUGUCUGUGUAAUCACUCACUGAAGUUAGUGACAUUGAAGCUGACCGUUUUCAAAUUGUACUCACAUUUACGAGACAACUGUGUUUAUAACUUAAAACUUUUAUGUAUUUAUACUCGACAAUUAACUGUUUAAAGUUACAUUUAGAUGGCUCAUAUUCUGCAGCCUUGCAAACAGUGAAAAUUGCAGUUACGGCAAAUGAAAGCUCAUUUAAAACUAUUAGUAAUGCACUAUUGUUAGGAAUAUGUGAAAUGGAUGUCAUUGCAAAUUUUAAAGCACACAUUUAGUCCACCUAGAGACAAGUGUUGUGAAAAAUUGGAAAAUGAAAUUGUAUCAGAGUCUUUAAACUUUAACGUUUAACAUUUAAGAGUUCAUAAGUUUUACAUGUAAACCUGGUACAGACACCACAGGUUUUAAAAUGUACUGAAUGAUGGUAAUGCUUUAGUGCUUUAUGUAUUCAGCACAGUUAACACCGGUUAAUGUGAUGGUGUGUUUCAGUCCAAAAGCCAAAACCAAUAGUGUUCUGUUUGCAUAAGUACAUUUUUACAUAUUCAUGUCAAAUAAAAUGCAAAGCAUUA